CCCAAACCCUCCAGAGACGAGCGAACCCCCGGGUUCAACGCGACAACAGCACCCGAGGUCUCACCCUGGAUUACUGUGUCCACCAGGAAAUAAUAUUCAACUGUGCCAAACCAUUGACAACGUGCAAAGUGAAUCAAUCGUGCCGAUCAAUUUAAUCAAUUAAAUUGAUAAAAUUAUCCCAAGUUUAUUUAUAAAUUUUUAUCGCAGUAACUGCGCUUGAGGAUUAUCGCAUCGAGUGUUGGAAUUGUGUUGUGAUCGUGUUAUUUCGGUAAAUGGUGGAUUACGCUAAUUACAAGAUGUCAGGAAGCGAUGACGAAUUCGAUAGUCAGACCCAGACGGGAAUGUCAAAGGCAGAACUGCGCAGGAGUAAUAAGCCAAUAAUGGAGAAGAGAAGACGGGCCCGAAUAAAUACGUGUCUCGAAGAGCUCAAGAGUUUAAUUCUCGAGGCGAUGAAGAAGGACCCAGCUCGCCAUUCCAAGCUGGAGAAAGCUGACAUCCUGGAGAUGACAGUGAAGCACCUUCAGACAGUCCAACGUCAACAGUUGAGCACAGCGGUAUCAACGGAUCCCGCUGUCCUAUCAAAAUUUCGCUCUGGUUUUUCGGAAUGCGCCGGCGAGGUUUCCCGCUACGUAAAUCACCUCGAGAACAUCGACUCCGUGGUAAAACAGCGUCUGAUGAACCACCUCAACGGUUGUGUGACUAACCUCCAACAGAUGGCGCCCUUCUACAGUCACUUCGUCCCUUACAUGCCGGACAGAUUGUUUCCGGAGGUGAAGGUCGGCUUUCAGAAUGACUUUCACAGCGGAGAUGAGAAUAACAAUGGUAGUGCGAGAAUUCAAAUACCAUCCGGGGUACAGCUUAUCCCGAGUAGAUUACCGACGGGUGAGCUUGCUCUGUUGGUACCGCAGUCAGCAAGGAUCUCCGCCAAUUUUCCCUUCUUCCCUCCGUCCGCCGAGCCCACAAGAACCAGCGGCACGUCCGCCUUCACAGCUGUCCAUCGAGCCCACAGUCCUCUCCUCAGUCCCACAACAUCAACCUCGAGCUUCGGCGAAGAGGCCCAUCAUCCUGAGGCCCAUCAGUACAGACACACGGAAUCCCCCAAUCCUCACAGCUUCAAGAUACCCGAGGCUAGUCCUGCCUCGUCGAAGAGCUCCCCGGAAACGCAAAAGUCCCAAAUAAGCUCCACAAGCGAUCGCAAAUCACCGAUCGCUGUGUUCGUUGAACCAAAGAGUGACGUCACAACUUCGAGAAGGGAGGGGCCUCAUGAGUCGGGGGAGUCUGGUAAUAAAAUUUCGAACCUGAGGCAGCCGUUGUCAGUCAUCACCGAUAAGGCGUACAAUCGAGGCUCGGUACCGACUAAGAGAGAGGGCCUCAAACGACAUCAUUCGGAUGGUCUUCUGGUUAUUUCGGAUAAAAGAUCGAAGUACCAAGAGGCGUCAAGCUCCCCUGUCUCGGUCAGCACGUCCAGUGGAAGUGGCUUUAGAAAUAGGGAUGAAUAUGCCACCUCCGCGGAAGAUUUGUCUGGGAGACCUAGGGCUUUUUUGGGAUUCGGUAGUGGACACCCGCAGGGCCCAGGGGGAUCGUCACAGGGGGGUGGAGACAUGUGGAGACCAUGGUGAUGGUGAUGGGACUCGUUGUGUUUAACGAUUAUGUCAUUCCCAUUUAGGACUUAUUUGAAAACUGUUUUUUUUAUAUUAACCCUUUUAUUUGGCAUUUCGUCUUGGUUUCAUUAAUUUCUUUCCGAUUAAUUCUGGGAUAAAUUGAUUUUAAGCUCUUUCACACAGUCAGAGGUGCGAUGCGACUGGUAUAUUCUAAUUUAUUAAUUAUUGUCGUUGUCAAAACUGUGUAUUUAAUCUUAAAUUGAUUAGAAUUUUUUGUAUUUUUUCAAUCAUUUGUACAUGAAAUAUUUCCCAAAGUACUGAAACUUGACUUAAGCUUUAAUGUAAAUGUCAUCCAUAGUUAUGUAUAUUUUCACAACUGUAAAUAUGUGAUGUUUGAUCGUAAUUAACGUUUCAUUGCAUA